GACAGAAUGUGAACACCACCAAAAACAUGUCACGAGAUGUUACACGACAAAUCUCACACCCCACACCCACCCCCUUCAUCCAUUCGAUCAGUUCAGUCCCUAAAAGUCACCCACCUUCUAUCUCUUCCAAAGAAACUACACCACCUAAGUAAAGCUUCAUCAGUUUCUAUACACACUUAUUUUAGUUUGUCACCAACAAUUUCUCCCUAUAAAUCAGAGCCUGUAAGCAAAACCAAAAAAACUUUUCUCAUAAUUCAGUGCUUUCUUUCUUCAAUGGCUUUUCUGCAGUCGUUGAAGUUAUUUUGUCUACAACUUCUUGCAUUUUGCAUCAUAGCCCUCAGGUUUCCUCCCAUUUCAGUUCAUGCCCUUAACAUUGGUAUUGAAACUAAUGCUGGCAUCUCCUUGGAAAAAGAAUGCAGUAGAACAUGUGAAUCAAAGUUCUGUGCAGUUCCUCCACUCCUAAGAUAUGGGAAGUAUUGUGGAGUUCUAUACAGUGGAUGUCCAGGUGAGCAACCAUGUGAUGGACUUGAUGCUUGCUGUAUGAAGCAUGAUCUCUGUAUACAACGUAAAGGCAAUAAUUAUCUAAACUUAGAGUGCAACCAAAGCUUCCUGAAUUGUGUGGCUACGUUCACGAAAUCAGGAGCUCCAUCAUUUAAAGGGAACACUUGUUCAGUUGGUACUGUUGUUCGAGUUAUUACUGAUGUUAUUGAUGCUGCUGUCGUUGCUGGGAAAAUUUUCAAGAAACCCUAGUAUUUUUCCUAGCUAGUUGUUAGAAAAAAAAAAAAGGAAAAUAGAGAGAAAGAAAAGAAAGUUAAUAUUUUCUAUGUUCUUUUCUGAUUCAUUUUAGUUUAUUAAUUUUUUAAUAACAUUUUGAGAAAAUUGUUCUUACCAUUGUCAA